AUGGAUGCCACGCAGAUGCUCGAAGUGAAUUGCGGCUGGUCGAGCCGCGGGGCGUCGACCGUCGUGGGCGCGACCUACGUCCAUGGCUCCUCCGGCCACCUCCUCGUGACGGCCUCGGACCAGGUCGUGCGCUGCAACACGGCCAUGUACGCGUCUGGCGUCGCGCUGCAGGUGCAGAGCUGGGACUUCCGCCCGGACAGCGCGCAGGCCAUCACCGUGCCGGCGGUCAAGCACGGCAAGAAGCCCAUCUACUACGCGGUGCGCGGCAAGGCCAAGACGGAGCUCAUCUCAUGGGCGGCCGAGACGACCAAGCUCGACGCGAGCCUCCCAUCGGUCGGCCUUCCGUCCGCGGUCCACCAGCUCUUUACGCACCCGCGCCUCGAUGGCGUCGUCCUUGUGACGAUUGCGGGCAGCAUCCACCUCUACAACGGCGCGCUCACGACGCUCGUGGCCGCGCCGGCGAAAGCGAAGGGCAAGGCCAAGAAGCUCUCGACGGUUUUUGCCGCCGUCGACGCCGACGCUGCCGGCCAGCUCUACUUCGCGAUCAUGACCAAGGCCGACGCGUACAACGUGUCCAUCUACACGUUCGACCCGACGACCAACAAGGCCGUGCUGCACCGCAAGGACACGAUGGCAUCGACCGACGACUUGACGUCGGGCGCAUUCCAUACGAAGGAUGCGUCGCUCUCGCUCUUGUGGGCGUCCGGCCUCUGGCAAAGCGUCUCGGCCGACGGCGUCAAGGACCUCACGUCGCUCUCCAUUGCAGCGAACGAGGGCAAGAAGCGCCGCAAGGUUGGCGCAGUCGCCUACCAGACGUGCGAAGCCGCGCCGCACACGGUUGCGAUCGCGUCGUCGACCGACGUGCGUCUCUGGGACAGCAAGUACGGCGUGUGCCUCUCGACACACGCCCUCGCGCCCACCGCGCACGGCGACCUCCUCCGCGUGUUUGCGUUCCCCGUGCACAGCCUCGCGCUCGUCUACGAAAAGGCAGUUCUCUUCACGUCGCUCCACGCCCGUCCGUCGACGCUGGCGACCGUGCUCGGCAAGGGCAUGGCGCCGCUCACGACGACCAACACGGUGCUCAUCUCGACCAUGGUCGACGAAAAGGACGUGCCCGUGGUCAUUCCCGCGCUCGAAGUCGAGACGUGGCCCGCGCAAAUGCUCAUUGGCAACGAUGCGCAGAAGGAGGUCCUCGAGCAGCUCACGAACCCGUCGCUCACGCCGACGCGCGAGGCGUUUGCCGCCGUCUUUGACAAGUACGUCUAUAAGAACGGCAAGACCAACAAGAUCCGCGGCGUGCUCUCGCCGCUAUUUGUGACCCAAGUCGCGGCGCGCUGCGUGUCGUCGGCGUCGCUCGGGCUCUGGCGGGAGCUCCGCGUGCUCAUCCGGUCGCGCCACCUCUGCAGCCGGACGCUGCCGUCGCUGAUCCCGACCUUGCUCGCCCACAAGCAGUGGGGCCUCCUUGAUACGAGUUUGCGCUUCCUCGCCGACAUUGACGAAGCCACGAGCAUCCGCAUCGUCAAGUUUGUGCUGCGUCACGCCAACGCGGCCAGUGUCACGCGCUACGAGAAACUCACCAAGGACGCCAGCGUCACGACGCCGGCGCAGUUUGUCGACCACUUUCUCCAUCUCGUGGUCGUCUUGCCGAAGACCGAUGUGUUUCUGCAGAAUGCGAUGGCGACGUUGACGCUGCCGGACGUGCUCGCGCUCCUCGCCCUGCUGAAGAAGUGGUACGUGCGCAAGGACAUUGACAUGACGGCGGUCGUCGAGUGGAUGAGCUUGCUCGUCGACGUGCACUUUACGCGCCUCGCCAUGGUGGCCCAGCACCUCGACGCGUGCACGUUCAUGGCCGAUGUCCACGGCGAGCUCGACCAGCUGCUCUCAGGCGCGCUCCUUCCCCAGACGGGCACAGUCCCCGACUACUCGGUCGAGACGGUCCUGCUGUAG